ACAUAAUACACAACAAUAAAUACAAAUACAAUGUUUAGGUUAAUUAUAAUAGCUUUAAUACUCAGCGCAUUUAGUAGUAGAAGUCUAGCGGACAGGGAUAUGUCCGACGAGGACAUGGAUUCAAAUGGAAAGAUAAUUGGCGGACAUGACGCUAAAGCCGGUGAUAACCCACACAUGUGUUCACUGCGAUGGGAUGGUAGCCACUGGUGUGGCGCCAGUAUUAUUGGGGAGCAAUGGGUGCUAACCGCAGCCCACUGUGUAUUAAUUGGGGACACAUAUCGUAUCAAAAACGGUACAGCAUCGUUACACUGUGGCAGUAUUGCACGUAGCACAAGUGGUUUAAAUUACAAUGUUAGCAAGAUUAUUUAUCACGAGUUAUAUGACCAGCACGGACUUCACGAUAUCGCGUUAUUACAAAUAGUGGGCAAAUUUGAGCUUGGUUCAAAAUAUCUGAAUAAAAUUGAAAUGGCUGCCAAAGACACGGAUAUAGCACCGGGAUCUAUAGUUAAGAUAAUUGGUUGGGGUAUGACUAAUGAAAACAUUACGACAUUACCCGAGAUAUUACAGACACUGGAUGUGCCGGUUGUUAAACGCAGUGACUGUCAGUCCAUUUAUAGAGACUUUUAUAACUAUACCGUCGCUGAGACCAGUAUAUGUGCCGGUGGUGAGGGCCGGGAUAAUGACUCGGGAUCACCCCUAACAUACAACAACACUUAUAUUGGGAUAACUAUAUGGGGUAAACAUUGUGCUCGGGUAGGCUACCCAACCGUAUAUACCAGGGUAGCUAAAUAUAGGGAUUGGAUCCAUAAUCACACAGGAAUUUAA